UUGGAAGGGAGACCAAGUAAGGGUAGACAUGGAAGAACCCUAUUGCUGAUUUGUUUAUGAUGGAAAGUUCUCUUGGCUAAUCAACAAAUAGAGAGUUAAAAACUGAAGAUUGAAAACAAGGCUGUCCUUUGACUUGUGCUAUCUCUCAACUAAUGUCAUCAAUCCCUCCCUUACUUAAGAGUGCUCAGAAAACCAAGUCUGUCAAAGGAAGUUGGAGCCCUUCCCCACAUCCAUCAAAGCCUCUUUAAAUUGAUACCACUUCUUGUUCUCACAGAAGAAAGGUCAGAAGGAAAGAGAAAGAUGGGAAGGGCUCCUUGUUGUGACAAGGCUAAUAUGAAGAAAGGGCCUUGGUCGCCUGAAGAAGAUGCAAAGCUGAAGGAGUACUUGGAAAAACAAGGGACUGGAGGGAAUUGGAUUGCUCUCCCACAAAAGGCUGGUCUUAAAAGAUGUGGGAAAAGCUGCAGAUUAAGAUGGCUAAACUAUCUCAGGCCCAACAUUAAACAUGGAGAGUUCUCUGAUGAUGAAGACAGGAUAAUCUGCAGCCUCUAUGCCAACAUUGGAAGCCGGUGGUCAAUAAUAGCAGCUCAGUUGCCAGGCAGGACGGAUAAUGACAUAAAAAACUACUGGAACACCAAGCUCAAGAAGAAACUAAUGGGUGUGAUGAAUCCUAUUGCUCAGAGAAAACCUCAGCAAGCUGCUCUUUUUUCAUCUCUCCUUCAAGCUACAUCAUUACCGUCUUCACCAUCCACUCUCCUGACAUCAUCAUCAUCAUCAUCAUCAUUCACAUGCAGCAACAACAGUUAUUACAGUAACCUAACUAGGUCUUUCACUGAUCCAAUCUCAUUUUCAUCAAGUCCUAUGAGCACUAGCUCUUUCGCUACUGCUUCUAUGCUACACCCCCAAGAAACCUUUGUGGGGCCUAUGCAAAAUGAUCAAGUUAAAGAUAGUCUUAUAAUGUUUGGAGGUGAAGCCAGUUGCAGCUCGUCUGAUGGGAGUUGCAACAAUCAGAUGAGCCAUGUCAAAGAGGAGUAUGAACAUAGUGGUGGUACAAAUAACAACAAUGAACAGAUGGGGUUACAAAAUUAUCUCUACAAUGGGGUUGAAGAUGACCAAAAAUUGAUGGUUUCAAGUGGGGCUGCUGCUCAUGGUGUACUUAAUGGGUGGAUUGAGAAGCAAAAUGGGUUAUGGCCGGGAGAUAACCCACUAGACUAUGGUCUAGAGGAGAUUAAGCAACUUAUUAGCACUAGCAGCUGCAAUAGCUUUUUGUUUGAUGAAAACAAGACAUGAGAAAAAGUCAUGUACUACUGAUGCUGACUGCGAGUAAAAUCACAAGAUUUGAAGGUAAGGAAGGGAUGGGUUCAAAGAUUCAGGUUUCAGGCUCAGUUUGUGGGGGAUGUGGAUUUGGUGCACCUUUUUUGACAGUACAUGCUAAAAAGUUUCCUUUGUGCAUUUCUUUUUGGGAAAUGAUGUUUUCUCUCUGUGUUAGUACUGCAACAUUUCAGCAAUAAAUGUCAUGGAAACUAGAGAAGCCAUGAGUAUCCUCGUUUAAGAACAAA